UGCCUUGGCAGCCCCGGGUUUUGGUACCAUGCGAUGUGACGUCGACGUAACUACAGGUUCCACAUGUUUACAUGUACCUCGGGCCUUCCUUCCCCGAGACUGAAGAAACGGCCCUUGGAGAAAGCGAACCCUCAUCAUAAAACUUCAGCUGCUACAUCCUUCCAUCCGACCGAAGAGUCGGCGUCUGCGGAACAUUCAAAAAACCCUUCUCAAGACGCGUUAAUAUUCCGGCACGCAUCAAUGAUGCUACAUGUAUGUACCGUACCGUACCUUAGCCUGCCUGAGUGGAGGACCCGUGGCACUUCCACACUUGGAUUCAUGGAUAUUUUCCUCCAACCAAAACUCUGUUCUUGUAAAAACUUAGCCUGGAAACCAUAUCGUCCCCCGCGUUCUGGAACCACUCCAAUCAUCAUCUACACAACAGUGUUUUCUGAGUAUCUUUUGGGGUUCUUGUCUGGUAUUAAUAACCAUCAUGGUGCCUUCCGUCACUGCAUAUCGCAAUUUCCUGUACGCUCGCAUCCAGCCAUUGGUCCAUAGGUUAUGCCUUGCAUCAUGAAGACCUCGGUCGUUUCAUCUCUUUUCUUUUUCUCGGCUUCCCUUGUCGCCGGCGCCCCCAGUGGCAGGGCUCACAGCAAGCCACAAAGAAAGGCAGGGGCUUUCUAUCUUGCCGGUGACUCAACGACUGCUGGCGGUGACAACCCUGGAGGUUAGUUGAGUGAAUGCAUAAGUUGCUCGAAGGAUCUUGAGCUAAACAAGUGUUCUCUAGGCUGGGGAGACGGGUUCCUCGAAACGUUACUCGGCGGUUCCAUUGGGACAAACUACGGACACAGCGGU